CUCACUUGCUUCACCUUCACCCCUUCAAAUUUCCAUUCCACCCCAAAUCUUUACUCUGUUCUUCUCUCUCUCUCUCUCUCUCUCUCUCUCUCUCUCAUCAGAAGGAUGCUAGAGAGAAUGCUCUCUGCGCGAAGAGUGGCACAGGUUAGCGAGGAGGGAGACGAGGACGACGAGUCCAAGACGAAGAAGCACAUCUCCUUCGCCAUGCGAGCCUCCAACUACGUGACUCGGACAGGGUACCUCGGCCCCUGCCUCGUCCUCCUCUGCCUCGCCCUCCUUCUCUCCUCCCUUCUCCUCCACUCCCGCAACCUCGUCUGCGUCUCCGUCUCCCCCUACGAUCCGCGCUCUCGCGUCGGCUUCUUCGGAUUCGGCACCCUCGAGUCAGAUUUCGGCUCCCUCGGCGUGCCCUGGUGCAGAUCGAAACACGGACAAACAGUUCCAUGGACAAGCAAGGAUCUACUAAAAGGCUUGGAAGAGUUUGUACCAAUAUAUGAAAUGCGGCCCAUCAAAAACAACAUGUACGGAAUGGGUUUUGACCAUAGCUUUGGGCUUUGGUUCAUUGCUCAGUGGCUGAAGCCAGAUCUAAUGAUUGAGAGUGGUGCAUUCAAGGGGCAUUCCACUUGGGUUUUGCGGCAAGCAAUGCCAGACACUCCAAUUGUAUCACUUUCACCUCGGCAUCCUGAAAAGUAUCUAAAGAAGGGCCCUGCCUAUGUUGAUGGAAAUUGUACGUACUUUGCUGGAAAAGACUUUGUGGAUUUUGGAAGCGUUGAUUGGAGCAAAGUGAUGAAGACGCACAGGAUUACUGAUCGUAGUAGGGUCCUUAUUUUUUUUGAUGACCAUCAAAAUGAAUUAAAAAGGCUAAAACAGGCACUGAAAGCUGGUUUCCGGCAUCUUGUUUUUGAGGAUAACUAUGAUACUGGAACUGGAGACCACUAUUCCUUGAGGCAGAUUUGUGAUCAGUUUUAUAUAAGUGGUGCAUGCUCUCCCGGAGGUGGUCAUAGCUGCUUCAAGGAUAGUGAUGAAGCUAGGGUAAGGUCGGAAAGAAAGAAAUUCUGGGAGAAGGCAGUGGAUAUCGAAGAGCUAUGUGCUCCAGGUGAAGUGUGGUGGGGUGUUAAAGGGCAGAUGCGGGAUAAUUUCAACCACAGCAAAAAGGAUAUUUCCUAUGCUGAACAUUUCCAGAACAGCCGGUUCGUGGAAUCAAUUCUAGACGUGUAUUGGGAACUUCCUCCAACUGCUGGUCCUUCCCUCACUCAUCAGACAAGAUAUGAUCCUGCUCGUGCACCCAGCCCCAUUGUCGAAGACGGCAGGUUUGGCUUAUUCCAACGGCUUGGUUUAGCUAGGCUAGAGACAUCUGUAUUUAAUGGAUACACUCAGAUGGUGUAUCUUCAAAUAUCUAAACAUGAAUCUUAAAACCCUAUCAUAUAGAUGAGAAAUUCUGUGUUUAGCGUUCAUUUGGAUGAAAGCUGGAGAUCUGUUUAUAUAUUGCAUGUUUUCUUCCUCAA